GACAGCCAUGUUGGAUUUUAACUUAAUGACAAUUUUUUCUUUUGUGGACAUUGAAACCUUAAAAAGAAACUUUUGAAAAACAUGAAUGCCAAUCAGAUUGGACAAAAGAAGAAGAAGCAAGCUGUUCGUCGACUAUCAAGUAGUGGUCAAAAUGCUCGUAGAGGAGACAUAAGACGCAUGCUUGAGUUAAGGAAAAAUGCCAGCAAUAGACAGGGACAUUUUCGUCGUAUCAGACCCAGUAAUCAUGGUGAAGCUUUACAUGAAAAAAGGACAAAUACUUUUGGUUCUGUGGCCAGAAGUAAUGAACAAUUUCCAUCAAAAACAAAUUCACAACGACACGUUAGUCCUCUUGUCCAGGAAAGUUUUUCAAGGCAUUUGGAGAGUGAUGUAGUAACUGGAAGCACAUCAAUAAACACACGGGGAAACGUGUUUGGUGGAUUACAAACCAAUGCUAGUGUAUAUCAAUCUACUACUCCUAUUGGAAGUGGAUCGUCAACAAAUAUGAAAAAUACAAAUGUAGAAUCAUCAUUUGGCAACAUGAAUAAUUCAGGGCCACAAAAUUUUGGUGUAUUUGCCUCUAAACAAUAUGAAGAUCAAACUUAUUUAAAAAAUUUUUUGUCAUCUUCUGCACCUGUCACCACAAUUAAAGAAAAUGAUCUCACAAGUCAUGUGACUGGGUCAAAUAUGUUCAGUCGUGUUGUGCAGCCAGCAAUCGCCAAUAAUCAAGGCUCAAAUGCAAGUAUUUUUAAUUCUCAAUUGGAAAGCCAAACUCCUAUUUUUGGUAACACUGAUAAACAUUUGAACCCUACGAACAUGAUGAAACCAUCUUCUCAGAAUUCUGAAUUUUUGAAGAUUUCUAGUAAUUCAAAUUUGGGCAGUAGCAUAUUUGGAAUUCCACCAUCAUUAUCAGACGUUUCUAAGGAUCUUCAUGUUUCAUCGCUAAAAAAUAACGUCUUUGGUAAUUUUGAGAACUUACAAUCCACGUCAUCUGUUACAAUUCCAGGAAUACAACCUUCUUUCAAGAUGUCAAGUAAUAUACCUGAGAUCUCUAACCUUCCCGAAACAAGCACUGCCGCUGAUUCUACUUUGUUGCAAGCUUCAACAUCUUCCAAUUCUCGUGAAAUAUUCACAAAAACUUCUUUUAAUUACAAAUCAGGAAACUUAUCAUCAAAGACAAAUGAAGUAUUUACAUCUAACGCCAUCACUCAUAAGCCACAGACAAAUGUAUUUAGUUCAUCAAUUGCAAACGAGAAACGAUCUACAUCGAGUGUACCCGAAGACAAACGGAACAAUGGGAAGGAGUUGCAAAUAAUUGGACCUCAUUCUCAGUUCGCAAAUAAUGAGAGUAUUUGUAGUCAAGCAGCACCUUCUGUUCUCAAUACGAAAUUUUCUGGUAUUUUUUCACAAUCAAAAAAAUCGUCAGUGGAUAGCAAAUUGACGUUUGGAAACGUUGAUUAUUCUGAUAGUUCAACAAACAUUUCAGGAAGAGAUUUCUCAUCAACGAAUGUUGAACAUGGAAGUACGAUGUUUAGCAACUCACAGAAUGUAAACAACAACAAAAAAGUUGUUUCAACUACAUUUGAUCGUACUUUGUCUGGAAGGGAUAUCUCUGACCUUACAUCGAUCGUCAUCAAAGGUUUAUCGUCCCGUUUUUUUGACAGAAAGACGCUACUGAAAGAGUUGAAAAAAUUUGGUGCAUCCAAAGUAUCUCUUCAACCAUCAAAAGGAAACGUUAUUGUCGACUUUGAUUCUCAUGAACGUGCAGGAUCAGUGAAAGGAGCGCUUACCGAAAUUUUUCCCAAUGAAAAUCUCCAUGUUUUCUGGUGCAAGAAGAAAGGAACGAGAAGAAUUUCUCGUACUUUGGAGAAAGCAAAUCAUGAUAUGACAGAAAUAAGGUCCAGAAAAUCAUCGAUAACUAAUGCUUUGAACAGUAUUGAUGUUGGAGAAUUCCCUCCGGCAUUGAGUGCAACGGAAAGAUACAAUAUUCUGGAUGAAGUUGAUAAAAAGAUUCGUGAAGCAAUUACACCAUACAAGGAUAUUAAAAAUGCUCCUGUUGUUGUUGGUGUGUGUUGCGAUAUGUGUCCUGAGAAAGAACGUUACAUGAGAGAAAGUCAAGCAAAUCUUAGCAUCUUUGAAAUGAUCCCUGAGACACAUGAGUACAGAGACGGUGAUGUUCCAAAAGUGGAUCAUAGACGAGCGGUAAAAGAGUACAGUCGGUCAGCGGCAGACAAGCUCGAGCCUCUUGCUCACGAAUUACGACCUGUGAAUGUCCUUCAUCGUACAUUGGACUACCUUAUGUGUCACGUGAUGAACUAUAAUGGCGAUAAAUGGGGAGAAUGGUUUAAUUUUCUUUGGAAUCGAACACGUGCAAUACGAAAGGAUAUAACUCAACAACAUUUAUGUAAUGAAGAAAGUGCGGAACUUGUCGAGAAAAUAACCAGAUUUCAUAUAUUUUGUUCUCAUUACCUUUGUGAAGAAGAUAUACAUUCUUUUGAUCCAAAGAUUAACAACGAAAAUUUGACAAAAUGCCUCCAAACUUUGAAACAAAUUUACACUGAUUUGUAUAGUGAACAGGGAAUAAAGUGUGAAAACGAAGCAGAAUUCCAAGCGUAUGAUAUAUUAUUGAAUUUAAAUGAAGGUGAUUCGUUAAGAAAAGCAAUGCAGUAUCGUGUGGAAAUUCGCAAUUCUCCUGAAGUGAAAUUUUCAUUAGAAGUUUUCAGUUCAGUAAACACUCAUAACUAUAUUCGUUUCUUUAAACUUCUUCAGUCGACGAGUUAUCUUAACGCAUGCGUAAUGCAUCGUUACUUUAACCAAGUUCGAGCAAUGGCAUUAAAAAUAAUGACGAGGGCUUAUUCUGCUAACGAAAUGUAUCCACUUCAAGUUUUAAAAGAUGUUCUUGCAUUUGAAGACAUAAAUGAGGUAACUCGUAACUCGUUUUGUAAUCACUUUAAUUUCACUGUGAUGCAAGAUGCUUUGCGUUUCUCGAAAGCACCUUUCGUUGAACCUGAAAUGGCAUUUCCUUCACAACGUUCAAUGAAUGGAAUUGAAAGUAAACGCUAUUGUUCUAUCAGCGAGAUUGUUAAUGGUUGUCCUUUACCUGUAUGUAGCAUACAUCAACCUGUCUCUAGUUUUGAUAGCAAUAACCGAUAUAUUGGUUUGAAUAAUCUUCUUUCAUUGAUGCAAAACACGCCAGAUACACCAGAUACACUGCAUGACAUUCAUGAGCCCAUAAGCAACCUAUCAUCGGUACAGCCGUGUCCUAUCUCCCAAUACUUUGUAAAAGAUGCACAAGAUGUGUUUAAUCAGGCUGUUGAAGACGUAAUGUUGGCAUUACUUAACAAUGUUGUUUAUGACAUGGUGAAGAAUGUUUAUGAAGAGGAAACUCGUGAGGUCUUUCUUAUGAAACAAAUGACGAAGUCGUUUAUGGAAACAUUUCUCAUUGAAUCCAUUCAUGAAUUACUCAGCGAUCUUGCAGAAGAAACAAUUGAGAAAGAACGAGAAAAUCUUCGUGUGUCACGUGAUCGAAUGACGUCGAUAGUGAGAGAUGAAUUGUUAUAUGAUGUGAUAAAAGUAGAGUUGAAAAACGUAGCUGUACAGACAAUGAGUGAUAUUUCUGACCAAAUGUGGACUCAAAGUUUUACAAAUAUGUCAGCAGUAGUUAUGCAAGAAAUUAUGGCGAAGAUGAUCUGUGAGCAAUGCCAAGUUAUUGCCACAUAUGUGAGGGAAGAUGCUGUAAAAAAGAUGAAAGAUGAGUUAAAGAAAAAGAGGAAUUAUUUCGAAAAAGAAAACGGCAAAAUACUUGGAGAUUUGGCGUAAAGAGUACAAAACUAGAAUGUAUAUACGAAGUGUGUUACAAGAUCUCCCUCCAAGAUCACCUUUGUUAUCAUUACGACAACAAAUUAAAAGUUAUUUAACGUAGAAGAACGUGGAGAGCUUGGGCUAUCCACUUUACGAUAUCAGUUCUUUGAAAGAUCGAGUGAACGUUGAGAAAUUGCUCUCGAGAAAGACAAAUGAAAAUGUUGUGAAGAGAGUCAAAACAAUACAGCCAAUCGAUUUAGAAAAGCUCAACAAACAAAGAAAAAUUAACGCAAAACAAGAUUCUUUGCCACCAGUGGAUUGUGUAAAGUUACUGAUAUCAUUUCCAUAUAACGUUGA